AUGAAAAUGGUUAUGAGGACGAACAGGAGCAUAAUCAAACUGAGGAGCCACUUGAUGAUGCACAUGAACACAUCCAUCAAGAGGAAGACGAAAUCAAGGCACCAACCGAAGAGGGACAAGUUGGGGAUGAAGAGCCUCCAAUACCUAUGCAAAAUGACAUUUCUGAGCAAGAACUCGAGGCAGUAGAAAAUUCUACUCAAGAUGAAGAGUGA